AUGCGGCUGGCGGUGUUGGGCGAGAGUCUUUUGUCGCGUCAUUUCGUCACUCUGCUGAACGAAGAACAUCCGGCUGUGGAAAUCAAGCUUUGGACGUUUUUCCCUACCGUUCGUACAGGUUAUCAGUUUUUCGAAGAAACGGAUUUUUUCAAAUUCGAACCUUCAACACUCAGAAUUCGAAUGUGUCCCAGUGUGCUUCAAAUAUUAUGGCCCUGAGCAAUUGUGUGACGCUUUGCGAGAAAUUGACAUUGUAAGACUGAUUUUAUUUUUCAAAUAAUAUAAUCCUCUCAGAAAUGGGUGUGUCGGAGUUUGAAGACGGUGAUAUGAUAAUCACAUAGGAGAGAGUUUUUCAGUUAAAAUGAAGCCAAGAGCGACUGCUACUCUUAGCUGUCCCAAAAGCGUGUCUGAAAAGUCUCAGCAAGAAAUAUUGACAGGCGAUCAAUUUUCACGAGUACUUGGAUUUAUCGUUGGCUCCGAACUCUGAAGAGCUCCAAAGGCACAACGUCGAAUGUACGAUCCUUGCUUUUCUUGAAGUAUUAAACGAAAAAUUUAGUCGUGAGGUCACUGAUUUUUCGUCUGCGGGUCCCGUUCAUCCACAUUUCUACCUGCUUUUUACAAUGCUCCACACGGUGGCCUAAUGGGAAUGAGCCGGAGUCCGAUCCUCGAAAGUAUGAGAGCCAGUGGCCUUUUCCGGUAAUUAAAAUACUUUUUAUCUUUUUUUAAAAAUAACUUCAGGAAUACUGUCGAUCAAAAUUUGAAGCGGAAAUGCUCGUGAAGUCUUUUGAGCGCGACGCAUUCGUUCUGUGAGUUUGUUUUCCACUCCGCAGAACUAGCAAAUAUUCUGAUGUUGACUUUUUUGAAGUAACUUAAAAAAUAAAAUAAUUCGAGCAGAUGUUUCAAGUAAAUGAUCUACCUUUUUAACAUGAACUUUUUUAGCAGUCUUGAGGCUGAUAGAGACUUCAAAGACGUAGUUUGGUGAAAUUCACCAAGAGGAGCAGAAGAUAUGGAGAGAAACAUUUUUCCCGGAAAUUGAACAAAAUCUUUCAAAGAAUCACUCGUGUAAGUGAGCUUCGCUGCGGGGCUCACAUUAUCCUACAGAUUUUAGUGUGACCGUCCUGAAGCGAAGACAGAGACCCUCGUUAUAAAGACUCAGCAAGAGACUUCAAGCAGGACUUAAAAGAUCAGCUGAAUUUUAGAAGAGCCGUGCCAGUUUACGGCGAGGGCGAUGACUCAUCUAUCAUAACCGACCUAAUCCGCUUGGCCAACGAUUCUUGCAUCCCGCUUGUCGGCGAUGGUGACGGCGUUAUGCAGGUAAAUGGCUUCUGAAGGCGUUCCAAAGUCAUUCCGAAAAAGAUGUCCUACGUACGGAACAGUGCUACAGCAGUGUGGCUGGCGACUUGUCGUCUUCUUUCCCUCACCACCUCCUUCGAUCCCAACGCCACCUGCUCGGAUCUUUCUGAGCUUCUCAGCUUCGACUCCGGCAAUCAAAGUUGAUCUAAUAUUUUUUUUUCUAAAUCAUAGAUCCUGUUUCUAGGCGCGUCCAUCAACGCAUCGCCGCAAAAAAUCAAGUUGAACAGCAGUUUUCAAGAAUUGGAUGGGGUGCUCAUCGGUUAUUUUUUAUUCGAAAUUUUUCGUUUAGUUCAACAUGGACGUUGAAAAAAAACUGGGGGCAUCUGCAAAUAAACGAUUCAACUCCCUCAGCUCGUCUGUCACAGAAGAAGUGGAAUUACUUCCUCUUGUUUUUUUUUUAUAAUUGUAAAUCUUCAAGUUCAAUCAUCACAUCAAUGAAUUCGAUGGCCUUUACACAUCUAGUUUAAGUGUUGACGAGAAACCGCUUGCUCCGAUCUUCGAAGUAUGUUGUUCCUUCCAUUUUGACAAUUGUUCAUCAAUUUUCAGAUCAUCUUGAUUGCCGAUGACACUCCGAAAAAGUGUGUACACAAAACAUUUGCUCCUUUUCUCUUCGUGAGUCAAUUUUCUCAUUUCUAACUACAUUGCCAGCUUUUGAGAACGGAAAACGCCUCGGAUCGCAGAUAGUCCUUCCGUUCCUUCCAGUUUAUUACAUAUACAGCCUACUCUGUUUUUUGCUCGUCUUCCUGACAAAAUUCUUCCACUUCAAAUUUGUUUCACAGGUAAAAAUACGUUCAAUGCUUCUUCCAACUUAACAUUUGCAGAUGCCUCAUCCGUCCUUUCUUUAUGUGUAUUUCCGCCAUUGGACCUUUUUCAAUACCAACAAAAGCUUGUUAUACUUGAACUACAAGCCGAAGCAUGACUACCAGGUUUGGGAGGCAAAUAGUCUAGUAAUUUUUUCGAAAAAAUCUAUUCAGGAAGGCAUCACGAAAUCUUCUUCGUACUACAGGCAUAUGAGAUCCGAUGAGAUAACUAAGUUUUCUUGGGAAAAUUCAAUGUCGCACUAAUUCCUUUUUUUCUUUGCUGUGAUAUAAAAUUAUUAUUAUUACUAACUCUGCCUGACUAAUAAAAUUUCUUAUUCGUUUCAAACGACUUCAAGAAGUUUAAAGAAGCAAAUUGAAAAGAGGAUUAAAAUUUACAUAAAAAAAUUAUUUUUACAAAAAGAAUUUUUAUUUUUCGAAAAAAAUUCGCUUGACUCGUGUGGUAUACUGUUUAGUACGCAAGUCAACAAAGACUACGCGCAAAGUUGAAGUUUAAAGUUUUUCUCUUUUUAAACUAUGAAACGAAUUUAUACAGUUAAUUUACUCAGAAAGUUGUAAAAAAAAUAGUGUAAAUUCCACAAUUUUUUUGCAUGAAACUUUUUAGUAGAUAAUGGUAGACUUGGUAGAUGGAUGUGAAAAUUACCAAACGAAAAUUUUGUAGCUUUUACUCGUUAUUUCCAUCAAGCUUUGGAAGCCUUAAUUUCGAGAAUCCAACUGCAUAAACAGUUAGUCUUUUCCGCCAUUUCAGAAAAGUGGAUCUCUUUUUUUUUCAUACGUCGCGAGGUUAUAUACGCUUUCGCUUUUAUGUGGUUUACGAAAAAGAAAAGUUUGAACUGUUUUUUAUAAAUUUUUUGCUCGUGUUAUAAUACGUUAUAGGUAAUAUUAUCAAAACCACGUCAAAAAGAAAAAAAAAAUUAGAAACGUGUUCCUGUUUUCCUUUCAUUAUAUAUAAAAUCUUACUUCCGUCUUAGGGCUCAUCAAUAAGUAGUAUAAUCGUGACUGUUCCAAAGAUUUUUUCCCGUGUUUACAGGUGUAUAAUGGCAGACUGUGAUCAUGAAAUGAUCGAACACGACGACAUGGUGGAGGUUAGUUCGAAAAAAAAAAAUAAAAGUUACCGGAGGAAACCCAUUCAAGGUCUGCUCGGUAAACGGUCGCCGUGCUAUUUCUUCUGGCGUACCAUCUCUCGACGGAAGCAUUGAUUCUGGAGAUGAACGGGCGCUGUCCGACUCCGACAUCGCUCAUGCAGCUCGUAUAAAUGUGAGUUAGUUCAAGAUUUUUUUUUCUCAACUACUUUUGUAUUUCGAGGUUAUGAUUCAUUAUAUUUACAUUCACAUUUAUAUAGUAAAUGAAAAUGGAAUUGUAAAUGAUAGGGUUUGAAAAAUUUUUAAUGACGAGAAAAUUUCAACCAGGUUAUUUCAUCGUUAGAAUAGCUUUUUAAAGUUUUUCGAAAAUUAAAAAAACAAAAUCAGAGUUCCUGUGUAAGAAAAACGGUCGGAGGGUAAAAAAAUUUGGAUAAAAUAUUGUUCUUAGUGUUUAUGAGUUUCUCUGUUGCCCAUCAAACAGUUGUUGGAAGAAACUCAUCCCAACUCGAGGAAAUUUGAGAUUUUUAAAUCAAAAAAACUUGUUUUUUGUUUUUAGUCAUUUAUUUUUAUUGAUCAAGCGGUAAACAAGAACUUUCAAAGUUAUAAAGAACAAUCGCCAUUGGCGAACUAGAAGUCCAAAAGUGUAGUUGAUCAAGUUGAAAGCAUGGUUUUACGGUCUUUCGGCUCAUUUUGCUGCGCGUAGUUCAUCCAGUUGCGCCUUAACGAGCUCAAAACACAGCAGAUGUUGUGCUGGAUCCCGGAAACCGCGCUCUAGGUAGAAGCAUCGGAAAGAGAACGACCACUUCGAGUGAAGAUUUUACAGGCAAAAAUAUGAAAUUUAUUAUUCAUUAUCUUUUUGGUUAUAAAACUAAGUUGUACAUUUUUUGGUUUCGAGGCACUUUUCGAAGAAGUAUAUAGGAAAAUGAUCGAAAAAAAACGGCACUACUAACUACAGCGCGUUUUCAGACAAUUGCGACUACCGUGAAAGGUCCUUCAUCCGACGAUUUGGAAGAAGAAUGUCGGCAACAGGACAUAACUCGCCGUCUCCAUUGCCACGACGAAGAGACUCAGCGGAAACUGACCGAAGAUGGCUUCGAAGAUCUCCUUGGCACUGGCGCCCUCUUCAUGAAGUCUUUGCGAUCCCCGGACGACCAAAAUUCCGAGAAACCUGUCGAUAAUCAAUGGGUCACCGUAAAUGUAUCACUAUCUGGUGUUUCUGGCCUAAUUUCAAUUCAAGAUCAUCGACACACUACGUGGAAAAGAUUCACACUCGAACUUGCGAUUUCUUCUGGGCUCUAGCAUGACGAUCGAUGGUGAAGAUUUUUGCUUGGAUUUUGAGAAUUUGUGAUUUUUUAGCAUGGGAAAUCGUGAUAAAAUUGAUGAAAGUUGGAGAAAUCGUCGUUGUAAAGACGGAGGUUUUUUAAAUUAUUUUGCUGAAUUAAAUAAUUGUUUAUAGGCGCGUCUCGCUUACGGAGAACUCGGGCUGGACGAUUUGAUAGAGCCAGAAGAAGAUCAAGAGUACACGGUUGCCAUUAGAAAACUGUUUAUAUGAACUUGAAAUUGUUGAAGAUCGAGCUCUUAAAAGUGGAGGACGGUCCUGACGCCGAGAUGAGCGUCAGUGAGAAAAUAAACCUCGCCGAAAUGAUCAAAGAACGUGGAAAAUUCUACUUCAAACGCGCUGAAUACGAGAAAGCUGUUUUUGUUUACAAGCGGUUCGAAUAUUUUUCAUUUGAGAUUUUUUCGAAACGGAACUGUUCCAUUAGAUUUUUUUUCAGCGUUCACGCGAUAAUUGGUGAAUAUGAAGCGGAUGAGGAAGAUGAACUGAGCAGGAUCUUGUCCACGUGUUCUUCCAAUUUGGCAAUUUGCUAUGCUCAGGUAUUGAAAAUUUUUUACCUUAUCUGAGUGCUUUGCACUUACUUAAGGAUCUGCAUCUAGUGCUUUAAACUUAAUCGUUAAGCCAAAUAUUCGAAUUUUUCCGAAUUUCAAACUUUAUUUUUAAGGAAAAAAAGAACAUAUUUAGUAAAUGUAUGAUUGAUUCACCCGACAAAAUCACUGGAGAGCGUUUUUAGAUGGAAAACUGGCAAGAAGUACUCGAAUGGUCAGAGAAAGCGCUAGAAUUGUGGGAGGCCAACACAAAGGCGACGUAUUGGCAUGCCAAGGGUUUGAUGCUGAGAAACGACUUGGACGACGCCUUCGAGUGCAUUGAGGAAGGCCUGAAACAGUCUGAGAACGACCCCGUACGUCUUCAGCUUCAGUCUUCAGCUUACGAUGAGAAGUUUCAGCAGCUCCUCCGACUGCGACGUGAGGUCUUCAGACUGAGUCUCGCAGACAAGGAGAUGGAGAAGGAGGUGUGCAAGCGGAUGAUGAGCGGCCUCAGUGUCGCACCUCCUACGCUCUGGGACAAAUUGAAGGGCCAUCUGCAAUUUCUCAACGAGAACAUUGUGAUAGCCUCUACAGCUGCCGUUUUCAUCGCCAUGUUUGCACUAUUUCUCUAUCAACUUUUUAAUCUGUAAGUUGUGACUUUGGUAUUUUGUAUACUCAGUUCUUCCACAGCUCUAUUCGGCAUUCCGAUUUUUUUUUUCUGUGAACUAUAUACUAUUUCAGAAGACUUUUGAGGCCUUCAAAUUCUGUGUGAUACAAAUCGAUCUUCUGUUUUUUUUUGUUUUUGAAAAUGAUCCUCUGUUCAGACUCAGAAUUGUUCGUCCAUCACUUUUCCGCUGGUAG